AAUAAUAAUAAUAAUAAUAAUAAUAAUAAUAAUAAUAAUAAUAAUAAUAAUAAUAAUAAUAAUAAUAAUAAUAAUAAUAAUAAUAAUAAUAAUAAUAAUAAUAAUAAUAAUAAUAAUAAUAAUAAUAAUAAUAAUAAUAAUAAUAAUAAUAAUAAUAAUAAUAAUAAUAAUAAUAAUAAUAAUAAUAAUAAUAAUAAUAAUAAUAAUAAUAAUAAUAAUAAUAAUAAUAAUAAUAAUAAUAAUAAUAAUAAUAAUAAUAAUAAUAAUAAUAAUAAUAAUAAUAAUAAUAAUAAUAAUAAUAAUAAUAAUAAUAAUAAUAAUAAUAAUAAUAAUAAUAAUAAUAAUAAUAAUAAUAAUAAUAAUAAUAAUAAUAAUAAUAAUAAUAAUAAUAAUAAUAAUAAUAAUAAUAAUAAUAAUAAUAAUAAUAAUAAUAAUAAUAAUAAUAAUAAUAAUAAUAAUAAUAAUAAUAAUAAUAAUAAUAAUAAUAAUAAUAAUAAUAAUAAUAAUAAUAAUAAUAAUAAUAAUAAUAAUAAUAAUAAUAAUAAUAAUAAUAAUAAUAAUAAUAAUAAUAAUAAUGAUAAUAAUAAUAAUAAUAAUAAUAAUAAUAAUAAUAAUAAUAAUAAUAAUAAUAAUAAUAAUAAUAAUAAUAAUAAUAAUAAUAAUAAUAAUAAUAAUAAUAAUAAUAAUAAUAAUAAGUGA